GCCUUCAUUCCCCCAACAGUGGGUCCUCCGCCCAUGGAGGAGGCGACGUACCUGGAGCUCUACCUGGACCAGUGCGCUGCCCAGGAUGAACUUGCCCCACCCAGAUCUCCCCUGUUGAGCCCAGUCACAUCUUAUGACAUGUACCUACCUAAUCCAUCCAUUCCAAAGAUGGCAUUUAGUUCACAUCUUGAAGUUAAAGAAACAUCUGGUGACUUCUCAUCUGUGGAUCUUAGCUUCCUGCCAGAUGAACUUACCCAAGAAAAUAAAGAUGAGACUGUCAUUGGAAGCAAGGAUGAAAUGGAAAAAACCUGUAAAACUCAAUGUCAUCAAAGAAGGUUGCCCUUACCUAAUGAACAGGACAUUGACCUGCACUUACAUGGCACCAGUUUGUCAAGUUCACAAUCACACCUGUACCCUGAUGAUCCUGACUCAGUCCAGCCCUCUCCUGAGAAACCAACCUCUGACCCCUUGCCUCUGGCAUCCAUAACUCCCAUGAAACCCAUCACCCCUGUUUCAGAAUGUUCUGGAAUUGUGCCUCAACUACAGAAUAUAGUUUCUACUGUCAAUCUGUCCUGUAAAUUGGAUCUGAAGAAAAUAGCUUUGCAUGCAAAAAAUGCAGAAUAUAACCCAAAGAGGUUUGCUGCUGUUAUAAUGAGGAUCCGAGAGCCCAGGACAACAGCCCUCAUAUUCAGCUCUGGGAAAAUGGUCUGCACAGGAGCCAAAAGUGAAGAGCAGUCUCGACUUGCAGCUAGAAAGUAUGCUCGUGUGGUGCAGAAGCUUGGGUUCCCUGCCAGAUUCCUUGAUUUUAAAAUUCAGAACAUGGUUGGAAGCUGUGACGUGAGAUUUCCCAUCAGGCUGGAAGGUUUGGUGCUAACCCACCAGCAGUUCAGUAGUUAUGAACCUGAACUCUUUCCUGGCCUUAUUUAUAGAAUGGUAAAGCCACGAAUUGUGUUGCUUAUCUUUGUAUCUGGGAAAGUUGUAUUAACAGGUGCCAAAGAACGUUCUGAGAUCUAUGAAGCAUUCGAAAACAUCUAUCCUAUCCUAAAGGGUUUUAAAAAAGCCUGAGUAGAUCAUUCAACAUCUCACAGGAUACUGAUUUGAAAUAUGUGCUUAAGCCCAGCAAAGAAAUUGCUGGAUUCUUCUACCUUUGACCAUGGAUAGUCUAUGUGCAUUUUGACUUAUUAAAGGAUGAUUCUAUGUAAGUAGCCAUGCUAAAGAAAUGA